CUGACUAAAUAAAGAUGAGAUCAUACAGCAGCAUGAGGACACGCUUUCACCAUCACAGCCUGAGUCUCCUGUUCCUUUUACUAUCAGUGAUCUUCAGCUCUGCUGGUGAAUCUUCAGUUCAGGAUCUGAUCGGUGCUGUAGGAGACUCUGUUACAUUCCCCAUCAGUGUCCCUGUUUCUGGUAAUAUAAUUUAUAACGGUAACACAGUUGGAUUUGUGUUAAAUAAACAGAGUGACUCAGAGCUGAGUGAAAAGUUUGUGAAUCGUCUUCAGUGGGUCAGUCAGAGUGGGUUCUUCACUCUCUCAGACCUGAGAACAGAUGAUUCAGGACUUUACACAGUGGAGAGCACUAAAGAGCAGAGGGGAAAACAGGAUUAUCAGUUGGAGGUGUACGAGAGAGUUUCAGCUCCUCAGGUGAUGAACUCAGCCUCCAGUUCUUCAGAGUUCUGUUCAUUCCUGUGUUCUGUGAGGAACGUCAGAGGACUGAAGCUGUCUUUAUAUGAAGAUGGUGUUUUAUUAAACCACACCAGCAGCAGCGACACAUCCGACAUCACACUGAAUCUUCAUCUAGAAAUAAAGAAGAUGAACAAUUACAGAGAGAGAACCUUCAGCUGUGUGGCUUCCAACCCAGUCAGUAACAAGACAACCUCAAUAAACAUCACACACUACUGCUCUCUGAACACAGGAGCUGUUGUUGGUCCUUCUCAGAGCAGUGUCUCUGUUAGUGUCAUAUGCACUGUGCUGUUAGCAGGGGCAGUAAUGACCGUGUGUGUGUGUCUGUGGAAAAGGAAACUAAAUAAAGCCAGUCACUGUAUAGAAAGCAGUUGGGUUUCACAGCUCUGA